AUGCCGGUCCCCGUGAGCGACGUCAAACCAACCACGCCGGCUUUUUUCUUUAGCCAUGGAUCGACCAUGAUGCUUGGCGAAGACUCCACUCCGGCGCGCUACUGGGAGAAAAUGGGACAGGAGGCCCUGCGCCGCGGAAUCAAGCAGGUCAUCAUGAUGGGAGCUCACUGGGAAGUGACCGGCGACACCAUCCACGUCGCGAGCAACCCGACACCCCCCAACAAGCAGCCCGUUGCCUGGGUCGAACCGGCGAGGUACGUCGACUACAAGAUCAAUGCCUCGCCCCGGCUGGCAAACAAGGUCGUAAAGCGCCUGCAUGCAAAUGGCAUCAAGGCCAAGACGGAUUCAGACCUCGAGUGGAUCCACGACACCUUCAUCAUCCUCUGCUGGAUGUUCCCAGCCACGAAGCAAUUUCCGCAAGGACAGUGCCCGGAGGUGACGGUCAUUUCCGGCCUGGCAGACUACGACGCCCCGCUGCUGGUCGACAUCGGUAAAGCGCUGCGGCCUUUCCGACAAGAGGACACCUUGAUCAUUGGUACUGGCGGUACCGUCCAUAACCUCUACCGGAACAACUGGAAGCAGAUUGUGCUAUUCCGCGACAACUUCGCCCAGGAGCGACCCCCGGAGAAGUGGGCGCUGGAUUUCCGGACCGAGGCUGAGGAUGCCGUGACCAAGAACACGGGCCGAGCGCUGCCGCGGGCAACGCUGCGCCUGAUGCGCCACCCGCUGUACCGCGACGCGCACGCCACCGACGACCACUAUGCACCGCUGCUCUUCGUCGCGGGCGCCGCGGGCACCGAAGAGGACGAAGGCAAGCCCAACACGGUCGAGGCCGAAUGCUGGGAGCUGCAGAACAUGUGCAACACACAGUUCAAGUUCGGUGACUGGGAGUAG